UACUAACAGCACUUCUACCAGCGACACUACUGCUGCCGACAGAACUACCAGUCCUUCCACCAUCCAAACUACUACUGCCAAGAGUUCUAGCAGCCCUUCCACUACCAGAACUAUUUCUGGCAAAAGUACUAGCAGUCCUUCCAACACCCAGUCUACUACUGCCGAUAAUAUUAGUACCCAUUCCCCCGCAGAAACAAGUACUGCCGACAGAACUAGCAGUCCUUCCACCACCCAAACUACUACUGUUGAGAGUUCUAGCAGCCCUUUCACUACCAAAACUACUUCUACGAAGAGUACUAGCAGUCCUUCAACCACCCAGUCUACUACUGCUGAGAAUACUAGUACCCAUUCCACCGCACAAACUAAUACUGUCGACAGAACUAGCAGUCCUUCCACCAUCCAAACUACGACUGCUGAGAGUACUAGCAGCACUUCCAACACCCAAACUACACCUGCCAAGAUUACUACCAGCCCUUCCACCACCCAAACUACUACUAUUGAGAGUACUAGCAGCCCUUUCAUCAUUCAAACUACCACUGCAAAGAGUACUAGUAGCCAUUCCACCAUCCAAACUAUUACAGCCGAGACUACUAGCAGCACUUCUUCCACCCAAUCUUCUAUUGGCGAUUUUACGAGCACCAUAUCCACCAUCAAAGCUACCGCUGCCGAGAUUACUAGCAGCCCUUCCACCAUCCAAACUACUAGUAUCAAGAGUACUAGUAGCCCUUCAAGCAGCCAAACUAUUUCCGCGAGUCCUACCAGCCCUUCCACCAGCCAUACUACUACUGCCCAGAGUACCAGCGGUCCUUCCACAAGCCAAACUACUGCUACCUAUAGUACCAGCGACCAUUCUCCCACCCAAACUACUGCUGCCAAGAGUACUGCCAGCCAUUCCACCAGCAAAAUUACUACAGCCAAGACAACUAGCAGCCCUUCCACCACCCAAGCUACUACUGCCAAGAGUACUAGCAGCCAAUCUACCACCCAAACAGGAAAUGCCACAGGGACAUCAACUGAUUUCACAUCAAUACCAGUCUCCGCAACUACUCCCUCGACAGAAGCACAGGUCACAGCGACCAUGUCUAGCCCUUCGAUUACCAAAAGUACUAACACUCUUUCCACUAGCAAAACCAUUACUGUCAAGAGUACCAGAGGCCCGUCCACCAGCCAAACCACUGCUGCCAAGAGUACUAAUGGCCCUUCCACCAGCCAACUUACUACUGCCAAGAGCACUAACGGCCCUUACACCAGCGAACGUAUUACUGCUGAGACUAAGAGCAGCCCUUCCACCACCCAAACUACUGCUCCCAGGACUACCAGUGGCCCGUCCACCAGCCAAACAUCUUCUGCCAAGA